CAAAAGGUCAACAAUGAUGCAUCACUCAGAAUUCAUAAUCUAUCCAUUUUGGUGAGACAGAUAAAAAUAUAUUACCAGGAUAAUUUACAGCAGUUGAUCAUGAUGUCGUUGCCAAAUGUCUUAAUCAUCGGCAAAAAUCCCUUCUCUGAACAAGGCACAGAAGAAGUUAAAAAGCUGCUUUUACUUUUACUGGGUUGUGCAGUUCAGUGUCAAAAAAAGGAAGAAUUUAUUGAAAGGAUUCAAGGAUUAGAUUUUGAUACAAAAGCAGCAGUUGCCGCACAUAUUCAAGAGGUAACACAUAAUCAGGAAAAUGUGUUCGAUUUACAAUGGAUGGAAGUGACUGAUAUGCCCCAGGAAGACAUGGAACCACUCUUGAAAAAUAUGGCAUUGCAUCUAAAGAGACUUAUAGAUGAGAGAGAUGAACAUUCAGAGACGAUAAUUGAACUCUCUGAAGAGCGAGAUGGUCUGCAUUCUCUACCCCACGCUUCCGCUUCUGCACAGUCCCCCUGUGGUUCUCCAGGCAUGAAGCGGACAGAAAGUCGACAGCAUCUGUCAGUGGAACUGGCGGAUGCUAAGGCCAAGAUAAGAAGGCUUAGACAGGAACUGGAGGAAAAGACUGAGCAGUUGCUGGACUGUAAACAAGAACUUGAGCAAAUGGAAAUAGAACUAAAAAGGCUACAACAGGAGAACAUGAAUCUGCUUUCGGAUGCUCGUUCUGCCAGAAUGUACCGAGAUGAAUUAGAUGCGCUUAGAGAAAAAGCCAUCAGAGUGGAUAAGCUUGAAAGUGAAGUCAGCAGAUACAAAGAGAGGCUACAUGAUAUUGAAUUUUAUAAGGCAAGAGUCGAGGAAUUAAAAGAAGACAAUCAAGUUUUAUUAGAAACUAAAGCCAUGUUGGAAGACCAACUAGAAGGAACUCGAGCUCGUUCUGAUAAAUUACAUGAACUAGAAAAGGAGAGUUUACAGUUAAAGGCUAAGCUGCAUGAUAUGGAGAUGGAACGUGAUAUGGAUAGGAAAAAAAUUGAAGAAUUGAUGGAAGAAAAUAUGACUUUGGAAAUGGCACAAAAGCAAAGUAUGGAUGAAUCAUUACAUCUUGGCUGGGAGCUGGAACAGAUAUCCAGAACUAGUGAACUUUCUGAAGCACCACAGAAAUCCCUGGGCCACGAGGUAAAUGAGCUCACAUCAAGUAGGUUAUUGAAAUUGGAGAUGGAAAAUCAAAGUUUGACAAAAACUGUGGAAGAGCUUCGGAGUAGUAUGGGUUCUGUAGAAGGCAACACAUCUAAAAUCCUCAAAAUUGAAAAAGAAAAUCAAAGGCUUAAUAAAAAGGUUCAAAUUCUUGAGAAUGAGAUUAUUCAAGAGAAGCAAAGUCUUCAGAAUUGUCAGAAUUUAAGCAAGGAUCUAAUGAAGGAGAAAGCUCAGCUUGAAAAAACAAUAGAAACACUUAGAGAAAAUUCAGAGAGACAGAUUAAAAUACUAGAACAGGAAAAUGAACAUCUGAAUCAAACGGUGUCCUCCCUGCGGCAGCGCUCCCAGAUAAGUGCGGAAGCAAGGGUGAAAGAUAUUGAAAAAGAAAACAAAAUUCUCCAUGAGUCUAUCAAAGAAACAAGUAGCAAGCUAAGCAAGAUUGAAUUUGAAAAAAGACAAAUUAGAAAAGAACUGGAGCAUUAUAAAGAAAAAGGAGAACGGUCCGAAGAACUUGAGAAUGAGUUACAUCAUCUUGAAAAAGAAAAUGAAUUGUUGCAGAAAAAGAUAACUAAUUUAAAAAUUACUUGUGAAAAAACUGAGGCCUUAGAACAAGAAAAUUCAGAGCUAGAAAGAGAAAACAGGAAAUUAAAAAAAACAUUGGAUAGCUUUAAAAAUCUGACUUUUCAGUUAGAAUCCCUGGAAAAAGAGAAUUCCCAACUUGAUGAGGAAAACUUGGAAUUGCGACGGAGCGUGGAGUCCCUGAAGUGUGCAGGCAUGAGAAUGGCCCAGCUACAAUUGGAAAAUAAAGAGCUGGAAAGUGAGAAAGAACAAUUGAAGAAGGGGCUGGAGGUCAUGAGAGCAUCGUUCAAGAAAACAGAACGUUUAGAAGUUAGCUACCAGGGUUUAGAUACAGAGAAUCAAAGGCUACAGAAAGCUCUGGAAAACAGUAAUAAAAAAAUCCAGCAGUUAGAGAGUGAACUACAGGAUUUAGAGAUGGAAAAUCAAACACUGCAAAAAAACCUAGAAGAGUUAAAAAUAUCUAGCAAAAGACUAGAACAGCUAGAAAAAGAAAAUAAGUCAUUAGAACAAGAGACCUCUCAACUGGAAAAGGAUAAGAAACAACUGGAGAAGGAAAAUAAGAGACUCAGACAACAAGCAGAAAUAAAGGAUACCACACUAGAAGAAAAUAAUGUAAGAAUCGGAAAUUUGGAAAAAGAAAACAAAACCCUAUUCAAAGAAAUUGGGGUGUGUAAAGAGUCCUGCAUUCGCCUGAAAGAAUUAGAGAAAGAAAAUAAGGAGCUUGUGAAAAGAGCGACUAUUGAUGGAAAAACGCUGGUAACAUUACGAGAGGAUUUGGUAAGCGAAAAAUUGAAGACUCAACAAAUGAACAAUGAUCUUGAAAAGUUAACUCAUGAGCUUGAAAAAAUAGGGUUAAAUAAAGAGCGUCUCUUACAAGAUGAACAGAGUACUGAUGACAGGUACAAACUUUUGGAAUCAAAAUUAGAAUCCACUCUAAAGAAAUCUCUAGAAAUAAAAGAAGAAAAAAUUGCAGCUUUAGAGGCUCGAUUAGAAGAAUCCACAAAUUAUAACCAGCAGUUACGCCAAGAACUUAAAACAGUGAAAAAAAAUUAUGAGGCUCUCAAGCAGAGACAAGACGAGGAAAGGAUGGUGCAGAGCUCCCCGCCGGUGUCUGGGGAGGCUCACAAGUGGGAGCGGGAAACCCAGGAAACCACGCGAGAGCUACUGAAAGUGAAAGACAGGCUCAUUGAAGUCGAAAGGAACAAUGCGACACUACAAGCAGAGAAGCAAGCGUUGAAAGCCCAGCUGAGGCAGCUGGAGACCCAGAGCAGUAAUGUGCAGGCCCAGAUGCUCGCACUUCAGAGACAGACCGCGUCAUUACAGGAACAAAAUACCACUCUGCAGACACAGAAUGCCAAGCUCCAGGUUGAAAAUUCAACCCUUAAUUCUCAAAGUACCUCCCUUAUGAACCAGAAUGCACAGCUCCAAAUCCAACAAUCGUCCUUAGAAAAUGAACAUGAAUCUGUAACCAAGGAAAGAGAAGAUCUGAAGUCUCUCUAUGAGUCUCUCGUCAGAGACCACGAGAAGCUAGCACUUCUUCAUGAGCGACAGGCUUCGGAGUAUGAAUCCCUCAUCACGAAACAUGGCACUCUGAAGUUGGCCCACAAAAAUCUUGAGGUGGAGCAUAAAGAUCUCGAAGAUCGUUAUAAUCAGUUACUAAAACAGAAAGGACAACUGGAAGAUUUGGAAAAAAUGCUCAAAGUAGAACAGGAAAAAAUGCUGCUUGAAAACAAAACCCAUGAGGCGGUGGCUGCAGAACACAAGAGGCUGUGCGGAGAACAUGACCGGUUGACUCAUACAUAUAGUCAGCUUUUGAAAGAAACUGAAAUUUUACAAACGGACCAUAAAAAUUUGAAGAGUCUUCUAAAUAAUUCCAAACUGGAACAAACAAGAUUAGAGGCUGAGUUUUCUAAGCUAAAGGAACAAUACCAACAGUUGGAUAUCACAUCUACCAAGCUGAAUAACCAGUGUGAGUUGCUAAGCCAACUUAAAGGAAACUUAGAAGAAGAAAAUCGACACCUGUUAGAUCAAAUUCAGACUUUAAUGCUCCAGAACAGAACACUGUUGGAGCAGAAUAUGGAAAGCAAGGAUCUCUUUCAUGUAGAACAAAGACAGUACAUUGACAAGUUGAAUGAGUUAAGACGUCAAAAGGAGAAAUUAGAAGAAAAAAUCAUGGAUCAAUACAAAUUUUAUGAUCCAUCACCUCCUAGAAGGAGAGGCAACUGGAUUACCCUAAAAAUGAGAAAAUUGAUCAAGUCUAAGAAAGAUUUGAACCGGGAGCGUCAGAAAUCUCUGACAUUAACCCCCACGCGUUCUGACUCCAGUGAAGGCUUUCUCCAGCUUCCCCACCAGGACAGCCAGGACAGCUCUUCUGUGGGUUCCAACUCGUUGGAAGACGGCCAGACGCUGGGGACCAAGAAAAGCAGCAUGGUUGCCCUGAAAAGACUGCCCUUUUUGAGGAACAGACCGAAGGAUAAAGACAAAAGGAAGGCCUGCUACCGUCGUUCCAUGUCCAUGAAUGACCUGGUGCAGUCCAUGGUCCUAGCAGGAGGACAGUGGACAGGUAGUUCGGAACAUUUGGAGGUUCCCGAUGAUAUUGCAGCGGGUAAAAGGAGACAAGAACUGGGAGCUAUGGCCUUCUCUGCUACAGCCAUCAACUUUUCAACUGUCAGCUCUUCUGCAGGCUUCAGGUCCAAGCAGUUGGUUAAUAAUAAAGAUACCACAUCCUUUGAAGAUAUAAGUCCACAAGGUAUCAGUGAUGAUUCCAGUACGGGAUCAAGAGUUCAUGGAGCGCAGGACAGUCAUUGUGCAGAUGGCCCUCCUGCCCGUGGCACCUCGGCAGCGUGCAGGCUCCCUUGUCCCAUCGGUUCUUCAAGACCAGCCAGCCUUGACAGUGGCAGAACGUCCACUAGCAAUAGCAAUAAUAACGCUUCACUCCAUGAAGUCAAAGGUGCAGUUAAUAACCACAGCCGUCCACCAAGCCACAGCAGUGGGGAAUUUAGCCUGCUUCAUGAUCAUGAUGCGUGGUCCAGCAGUGGUAGCAGUCCGAUCCAGUACUUGAAAAGGCAGACCAGGUCAAGCCCCAUGCUCCCGCACAAAACGUCUGAGACAUUGGAUAGUCGAGCACAUCACAGGAUGAAAACUGGCUCUCCUGGCAGCGAAGUUGUCACUCUACAGCAGUUUUUGGAAGAAAGCAACAACCUUAGCUCGGCACAGAUAAAAUCCUCAAGUCAAGAGAAUCUUUUAGAUGAAGUCAUGAAAAGUUUGUCUGUCUCUUCUGACUUUUUGGGGAAAGACAAACCAGUUAGCUGUGGUCUGGCCAGGUCUGUAAGUGGAAGAACCCCCGGGGACUUUUAUGACAGACGGACAACUAAGCCUGAACAUUUUGUGAGACCUUGUUCUCGAAAGACUGAAGAUACUCACUUCCUUAGCCCUCCAGGAAAACCUAGCCUGGGCGCUCAGGGGAAGGCCAAGUCAGUAAAAGAAACUUCUGUGCCACGACAAUCAAAAGAUAGUAACAACCCGUACGCUACGUUACCUCGUGCAAGCAGUGUCAUCUCAACCGCUGAAGGGACCACCCGAAGGAUCAGCAUCCACGAUUUUCUGACCAAGGACAGUAGGCUCCCUAUGUCAGUUGAUUCCGCACCAGCCACCGCGGCUAGCAGCGUGACUGCAGCAUCUAAUGUGGACACAGUACAAGAAAGCAGAAUUUCAAAAAGCAGGUCUAGGGAGCAACAAAGCUCCUAAUUCUGUUGCUCACUACAAUGAAGUGGGGGCCAAGUGAGAGAAAAGUGUCCUUCAGUUUCUCAGUGGGAAGCCUUUAUUUCUGAAGUCACAAGACAGCCAACUGUAGGAAUCAUUUUUUAAAAUAUUUAAAAAGACUUUUAACAACCCUUCAUGAAUAGAGCAGGAAAGAAUACAAACCUUGCUUCUCCUUCCUUGAAUCAAGGAGCCUACUGGAAUCCACUGCCAAACGGUGGAGGUUCCAGACAUGGUGUCUGCACACGUACUGUUACGAUCUGCUGACUACAGGACGUCCUUCGGCUAAGGACCUAGUGUUUUAUGGUUUCAACAAGUACCCCAUGAACAGCCUGCUUCUUUCUUUCAUCGUCUGUUUAUGAAUUUAUCCAUGUUUGCUGAACACUAAUGCUAAUAUUGGCCCAAAUCUAGCCAUUGUUAUUUAGUUGUGUAAAUCUAAAUUAAAUGCUGUAGUAUUUUGUGGAAUGUACCUAUAUAGCAAGAGACAAGAGAAAAUUGUUUUGGCAUGUCAGAACCUUAUUUGGUUAGCAGAUUGCAUGUGUUGGUGCGAUUUAAAAAGCCAAUUAUUUUGAUGCACUCCAAAAGAAAUUCAGUUGGUAAGGUAAAGCUGAGAAACCCUUACUGAGAUAGGAGUUAAGAGAAAUUUACAGUGAUACUAAUCUGCUUUUCAUAUUCCUCACUAAGCAACAUUAAGCAUUCACACAUGGAUUCAACAGAAUCAGAGUGUUUUUCUGGAGCUUUUUAAAUAAGGUGAUUUCCAGCAAACAGCAUUCCCAAGGUGGGGAAACAGAAACAAACUCUAACUCAAUGACCCUAACUCAUUUCCCUUUUUGGGUAUUGAAUACUAUGUGUGUUUGAUAUUUUUUAACUUGAGAGCUGACUGUUGCUUAAGAAGUUUUCUUAUAGCAGGAAAAUAGUGUAAAUAAUUUACUAUGCUCUGCAUUUUGCCAGGAACUCAUUUAUUAUUAAGGUUGUCAUUUAUUGAGAAAAAUUUUUUGUUUUCUUUAUAAUAUCACAUUAAAGUUGAUAACUAUUGGUACUUUUGAAAUAUUUGUAAUAUUUGUUACCUUAAACAUUUGGAAGAAGCACAACAAAGUAGCUUUUGUUAACCCAGGGAAACAUGAAUUUUUUAGUAGGUCCAAUUUUAUAUCACAAUUUUAUUUUCUUAAUUAAAUCAAAAAUGCAUUGAUACUUAUUAAUGCAAAUUCAUUAUUUAACAUAAAUCUCAGCGUAAUCUUAAAGGUCUGCAGUGAGACUAACUUUUAUUUUUAACAGUGCACUUCUUAGGCUCUCAUUGCCAGCUCUAAAGCUUUUUGAAACACUCAAAAUCCCAUGUGUUGUCAUUUAGGAACUGUUUCAUGAUUAUCCAGUAGCCAUGAGACAGGUAUGUGUGAGUGUCCCUCCCCACCCCACUCCCCGAUAAACCAGUAAUAGCAGUGUGGUGUUCAUGGUCUACUUUCGGGAAAACCCUCCAUUAAAAUGAGCGAAGCAGCGAGUCUAGAUGACCAGAAACUUCAGGAGAGGCAGAGAGCGAGCUUGGGUUGACUUGAUGCCACCUUUACUUAGCUUUCACCACCAUAUGAUGCUAUAAAGUUAAAUCACUUUGAAACUCUUGGAUGGAAGGUGCUAUGUAAAUGUAAAUACAAAGGAGUUUUACUAAAAUACAAAUAUUUCACAAAAGACAUAUUUAAGACCUAUUCUCUAGACCUUGAACAUCUCUCUUUAUCCUAACUCCCUGGAUACAAUAGCAAAUUGGUAGUGGGCAUCAUGCCGGUCUAGAGAGCUUGCAAGCUUGCAUGUUUAAAAAAAAAAAAGUAUUUUUGGGGGGAAUAGAAAUGAAACAAAUGUUUUACCUAAUUACAGUAAGUAGGUAAGCUAGAUUUAUAUAUUAACUAGCAUCUAAUUUGCACAACUAGGACACAUCCCAGGACAAUUAGUGAGCUUUGGAAUUUGAUGAGUAGGUAAAAGGGGUACCCUAGCCUGACCUCUCCAGAACACUAACGUAGGGAACCUACUGACUUUAGAAGCAUCUUUUAUCCUCAAGUAGAACGUGCGUAGGGCAGCCUGUGAAAGACGGAACCGGAAAAGGACGAGGAGACAGUCAACCAAGGAAUACUUUUGAGAUCACAAAAAGAAUAUUCUCGAUAUCACUGCUUCUUCACACCAGUCCAAGAAGGGGCUAAAUAAUAACCACAUGGAUAUUUUCUUAAAGUAAUUCCUUUUUGAAGCAAACUUUGUAGAAAGCCACUCUUUUGGAAUAAACUUCUUUGGCCAAGCAAAUGGACAAAACCAGCCGGCGAAGGCAAGUUUGAAGUAGUGGUUACCAAAGAAUGGACGGAACAGGUGUGUGGCACCUGUCCUGCCAGGCCUGGUGAAGAGCCCGUUUACAAUCACUGUGCAAGUACUGAACGGUCGCCCUCACCAACGAAGUUGUCACAGCCGCACUGUCUUCACGGUCACUCAGAAGUGAGAAAGAUGAGUUGUACCAAAUCUGGGAUUGCAACAGAGAGUGAUAAUGUACGCUAAAUGACUUGUAUUUCACUUUGCUUUGGAGAAAAGUGGUAGUUUGUGUUUGUGCUGUUCUUUUCAGCUUAGUCCCAGGAUGUAUUUUUUUUCCCUCUUAAGUCUUGACUAAUACGAAAGGAGCCCAUUUAUAAUAAAAACCUCAAUGUACUUGAGAUAAUUGGGCAGUGGAAAUGCCUUAAAAGGAAUGCUUAUGGAUAAAGUUGCACUUGAAACACCCUUUAACAAGAUCUGAUUUUAAAUUGCCUUUUUAUUUUCUGAGUUCUCUCUUUUUCAAUUUUUGUCAUUGUACUUACACCUGUUAUUAAAUACCAAAUCAAAAAAUAAAGAAGCUGUAACAUUUCUUUUAAAAACGAAUGCAGAUGAGACAUCUGGAGUUGGACGUGUUCUGUUGAUGACUUGACACCCCAGAGCCACAGAAACGCCCCCGGAGCAAAGAUGACCCCCCUUCUGUUCGCUUGGUUUGCCUUUGUUCAAGACACUUGAGUUUCCAGUUUAGUUCUUAACUUUGUUUCACCUACGAAAGAUCAUUUGAUUUAACCUUCAGUUAUCAAACUGAUAUGAAAAGAAAUAAAACGGUGGAUUUUUUAAUAA